GAAGCCCAUUGCAUUAUUUGUGCUGAAAAAAUCAUUCACUCGGCAAUUUCUCCUUGUAAUAACGUGACUUGCCAUGUGUGUUCCUUCCGUCAAAGAGCACUUUAUAAAAAAAAAACGUGUCUCGUUUGCAGAACUGACCACGAGGAUGUCAUUUUUACGGAACAAAUUUUGGAGGAAGCGAAGUUCUCUGAGUUUGUCGUUGAGAGCAGACAACUUGAGUCGAAGGAGUACGAAAUUCACUUCACCAGCCAGUAUGUAAAGGAUGAUACUUUGAAGCUCAUUCUGCACGAGUGUCCUGUUUGUCAGAAGCUGUUCAAGAAAUAUCAGUUUCUCAGCGAACACACGAAAACUGAGCAUUCCCAACAGUACUGUGACGUCUGUGUGGACCACGGCAACUCUUUCAUAUCUGAGCUCAAGCUUUAUACACCCAAACAACUUCAGAGACACAUGAAUGAAGGUGACAAGAGUGGAUUUUCGGGACACCCCAAAUGUAAGUUUUGUCGUGGAAAGCGUUUUUACUCAGAAGACGAGUUGAAUGUUCACAUCCGGGAUCGUCACGAACGCUGUUUCAUUUGCAAUCAGGAUAACUACCAGGCGUCUGAAUACUACCGAAACUAUGACGAUCUAUACGAUCAUUUCCGACACGCUCACUAUGUAUGUUCCAUACAGCUGUGUGUUGAAAAGCGGUUCGUAGUGUUCCGUGAAGACUUAGAUUUGACAGCCCAUAUGUUGAAAGAACAUGGCGGCAUUGUUGGUCAAAGUGGAAGAAUAGUUCUUGGAGCUAGUUCUGCCCAAUUUCAGUCGCAACUUUCUACUUUCACGCCUCGAUCGCAAGCCAAGCCUCACCGAGAUAAUGACAGUAUCAAUUUAAAGAAGCGUCGUCUUGAAGAGCGGGUCAAACAUUAUCUCCUUAACGAUGCAGAUAAACUCGCAAGAUUCGAGAAAAUCAACUCUGGUUUCAAAUCGAGGAAGAUUUCUGCCGCGGACCUCGUCAAGCAAUACCGUGACCUUUUCUCCAACAACGACAUCCAGGAUAUCUCCUUAGUUCUUUACGAAUUUGUUGAGCUUCAACCUACAAAUUCUGACCAAAGAGCUUCUUUGCAGUUGGCUCUCGAUGAAAUAAGCUACAAUGAGACAACUCCAUCUUUGAAUAACAGUUUUCCCAUGCUCUCGAAGUCGCUGGAUAGCCACAUUUUGAGAAAUCUGUCUUGGGGCGCAGGUAUUGGCAAUUCGAGACGAUCCAUAAAUGACCAAUUUCCUGCAUUGGUAAAGCCAACGAAAGCGAACCACAGGCCCAUUAACAACGGUCCUAUCAAGUACACCACGCUUCUGAAAAAACCUGCAAAUGAAACAAAAUCUUUCAAGUCCACUCAGCCAUACAAAGAAAAUACACUGUACAGGCCUUCAUACCUCGAGCCCAAAUCAGACCUAUCCAUUGGAUCACUUCCAAAACUUGGACUUUCAUCUGCAAAUCCGUCGAGACUGCAGUCUCCGCUAUUCAAGGGCUCGAAGCCGAAGGUCUCGGAAUCCAAAUUUCCAGCGUUGCCUCCAAAGCCCAAAAAAACUAUUCCUCCAGUCAAACCAAUACCGAAGGUUUCAGGAUGGGGUCCAGCUACGGAGAUGCCCAAGCCACAGCCGAAAGACGAUUGGGGAAUUCCAAUUAUUGACAAAAAGGCAGAAAAGCUCAGAAGAAAA